AUGGCGUCCAGUGUGAGUGAAGAAGUGACGUUCCAAUGCUCGAAAUGCGUCGAAUUUUUGGAUUUGGCAUCAAAGACGUUGCCAUGUCUUCAUUCUUUCUGUGGGUCGUGCGUGAAGAUGAUUCUUGAAGGAAAUGGCCUGUGUCCCCAGUGCCAACAACCUGCGACCGAUGAAGAGUUGAGACUGGCACCAUUUUUGGUGAAGUCUUUGAGGCGUCGUCAGCUGGAAUCCAGAAAGUGGAAUUGCGACUGGUGCUUUGAAGACGGCAUGGAAUCGUCCGGCCAGAUUUGGUGCCAGGAAUGCGAGAAACUCUUUUGCCAGACCUGCGAGAGAUUUCAUAAGAAAUUCCACCACAGACAGGAGACUAAAGACUUGUCUGGCGUGUCGAGGGUGAAGGCCAUCCGGGUCAUCACGAUGGAGGACUGUCGACGGCACCGCCAAUCCAAGAACGCCUUUUGCAACCGGUGCAACGUGUGCAUGUGUGACGCGUGUUACACUGAUCACGUGACCGCCUCUCCUCAGUGUCCGUCAAGUCCGCUGUCGGUGAGGGAGGAGGCGUCGAAGAGGAAAAGGGAGGACGGACCCACCCUAGAGCGGGAACUCCGCCAGUUCGAAAUCAACAUCCGGGCAACGAACGAGCGAACGAGGCGAUCCAUUGAGGAACUGUCAACGGAUUGCGAUACGGAAUGCUCCAAACUCUGGCAGGAUUUUGAGACAUUCGUAGAAGAGACUCGGCUCAAGUUGGGUGAGCUGUGCGAAAAUAUGAGAGGGAUGGCGUCUGAACUGGAGAGAAAAUGGCGCCUCUCCCUGAAGGAGAGAGAAGAAUUUUUGGGGAAGGUGAAUUUUUGGCGCGACACCUUGGGAGAUUUGUUGACGGACGAGGCCGACGAUGAGGACGUCGUCUGUGGAUUGAGGUUGUUGAGAGCUGAGCUUUCUGCGCGGCUCCACCAAUCGUUUGCUCCACCCGAGAAAAUCCGUUGGGUCGUGACCUUUCCCAAAUGGUGUCACGAUUCCCUAGAGUCACUGAAGAAAGAAACAAUCGAUUGGAUGCCUCAAACAUCCGGGAAUUUGCAAUUGGAAAGUGAAUGCCGUCUGCAAGGACCGAACCCGCUUCGUUGGAUUUUAUCGAUUGUCGCCAGCGACGUAGACAAUCACGUCUUUGUUGGAGAUUGGGAAGACAAAUCGAUUCUAGAAUUCAGAGACUCUGGGGAAUUGGUCGGCCAAUUUCCCUUAACGGACGGAAGAGAGACAUUCUACCCCCGGGACAUGUGUCUCCUCCCCAAAGACAUUUUGGUUGUUUGUUGUCUUCGAGGCAAUAAAAACAGCAAAUAUCUAUCUAUUUAUCUAACCGAUUUCUUUCACAUCUAUCUAUCUCUCAGUGGAUUUCAUAUCUAUCUAUCUAUCUAUCUAUCUAUCUAUCUAUCACUACAGAAUGAACUCUUCCAUCACUGUUUAUACUACGCCUCUCAUGAGAGUCUCCCCUUUCUCCUCCCCCCCAAAAAAAUAUCAGCUCCCCUUUCUCUCCCCAACAAAAAAUGUCAGCUUCCCUUUCUCUCCCCAACAAAAAAUAUCAGCUCCUCUUUCUCUCCAAAACAAAAAAUAUCAGCUCCCGUUUCUCUCCACAACAAAAAAUAUCAGCUCCCCUUUCUCUCACCAACUAAAAAUAUCAGCUCCCCUUUCUCUCCCCAACUAAAAAUAUCAGCUGUCCUUUCUCUCCAAACAAAAAAUAUCAGCUCCCCUUUCUCUCCCCAACAAAAAAUAUCAGCUCCCCUUUCUCUCCCCAACAAAAAAAUGUCAGCUUUCCUUCUCUAA